AUGCAGGUGAAAGAAGAGUUGAAAUCACUUGCAAAAAUUGCUUGUCCGAUAACAAUGACAAGCUUAAUGAUAUAUUCUCGAUCAGCUAUCUCAAUGCUUUUCCUUGGUCACUUAGGAAAAGCAGAGUUAGCUGGCGGUUGCCUAGCACUCGGAUUCGCCAACAUAACAGCGAAUUCAAUUAUGAAAGGCCUAACAAUGGGAAUGGAUCCAAUUUGUUGUCAAGCAUAUGGAGCCAAGAGAUAUGGAGUCCUAAACCAAACAUUUUUCAAAACAGUCUGCCUACUCGUAAUUGUCACAAUCCCAAUUUCAGUUUUAUGGCUAAACAUGGAACCCUUCCUUCAAUUAUUAGGUCAAGACCCACAAGUCACAAAAGUUGCACAAAUAUACAUGAUGUUCUCAAUUCCUGAAUUAUUAGCUCAAUCUAUUCUUAACCCAUUAAGAACUUUUCUAAGAACUCAAGGAUUAACACCACCAAUUACUAUGGCUGCUUCAUGUGCUGCAAUAUUACACCUUCCAAUAAAUUAUCUCCUAGCUACAUAUUUAAAAUUAGGUGUAAAGGGUAUUGCAUUAGCCACUGGAUUUAAUUCAAUAAACAUAACAUCAAUAAUGUUGGUUUAUAUUGUUUGCUCAAAAAAGCCACUAAAACCAUGGAAAGGUGUUAACAUGAUUUCAAUAUUUCAAGGAUGGAAACCAUUGCUUAGUCUUGCAAUUCCAAGUUGCCUUUCAGUUUGUUUAGAAUGGUGGUGGUAUGAGAUAAUGCUUUUUCUAUGUGGUUUAUUAAGUAACCCACAAAAUUCAGUUUCAACAAUGGGAAUACUAAUUCAAACACUUGGUUUUCUAUAUGUGUUUCCAUUUUCACUUAGUGCUGCUUUGACAACAAGAAUUGGUCAUUCAUUAGGUGCAGGACAACCCUCACGUGCACAAGGAACAGCUAUAAUUGGAUUUGUGAUAGCUUUUAUACUUGGAGUUUCAGCUUUUAUUGGGUUGAUUUUAGUGAGGAAAAAUUGGGGGAAAUUAUUUACUGAUGAGAUACAAAUUAUUGAUAUGAUAAGAAAUGUUUUACCAAUUUUGGGGUUAUGUGAAAUUAGCAAUUGGUCACAAACAGUGUCAUGUGGGAUUUUAGCUGGAACUGCAAGACCUUAUGUUGGUGCUAGGAUUAAUUUGUGUGCAUUUUAUUUGAUUGGGUUACCAGUUUCUAUUUUUGCAACAUUUGUUUACAAAUUUGAAUUGGUAGGUUUGUGGUAUGGAAUGUUGGCAGCACAAAUUUCUUGUGUUUGUAUGAUGGUGAUUACUUUGAUUCAAACUGAUUGGGGACAACAAACUAGAAGAGCAGUGGAGUUAGCUAAGAAAACAACAGAGCAAGAUUGUGUAAUUGAUGAGGAAAUUGUUUCUUGAUUCUCUUUCAGCCUAAUUAUGCUAUAGCAAGUUACCAACAUUUUAUUAUUA